GCAACAAUUUAAGGAAGGUAUCACACUGAUACCACACGAAACGCAACCACUCAACCUAAGACACGGUUUCAAAUAGGAUCGCUUGGUAAACCACAUUUUAGUCUGAAGUACAUUCACCACUUUACUCUUUAACUCUUUCGUGAUGGAACAUAUGCUAACUUGCAUGCUGCCCUAUCUGGACAAGCAUCUGGCUCUAGGUCUCCUUAGCUUUUACGAAGAGAAAGGUCUCGAUGUUGAGGAUGCCAAGGCCAAAGUGCUAGCAACCACAGCCCUCACACCCCAGUACACCGUGAAACCGGAGCAGGAAGAGCGGAUCCAGGCCACAACCGUCCGCGCCCAGCCCGCACUGGACGAGUUUUUCGAAGGUUCCGACAACGAGGACUACACCUAUCAGUUUAAACUCACUGGUAGUGAGGUGGAGCAGCUACGGACUCAGGGCGAGCUCUCCUACGACUUUCUGCGCAGCAAAAAGGGAAUCACCAGGGCAGUGAUGCAAGCCGUCAUGGAACUUGCUUUCUUGUACUACGAUAAGGGCAGUUAUGGCGAUGCGUCUGAGCUGCUAGCGCUCUGCCAGUGCGUCAGCGGCUACGACCUACCUUCUGAAACGAUUCUGUGGGGAAAGCUCAUGUGCGAUACCGGGGCCUGUAACUGGCAAUCGGCAAUCGAAAUGGCGGCCGCGAUUCGUAAAAAUCAAAACAGCGACGAUGAAGAAAUUUUCCGUCAAGCCAACGCGACCACCAUCCAGGCACGUGCGUGGCUGCUGCACUGGGUGCUCUUUCCGUUUUUCAAAGGUGGCAGUCAGUACCCUGUGCAGUUGCUCUACUACGUCUUUGACCACCGCUCCGAGAAUAUAUACCAGAGUGUGAUUGAGACGCUCUGCCCGCACUACCUGCGCUAUGUGUGCGCGGCCGUCUUGUUGAACUACACGCGUCAUUCCAACUUCAAAGCGGCCGCUAUCAUGACGGAGGGCAUCUACGAGUACUCCGACGCGCUCACGAAGUUGGUGGGAUUGAUUCAAAAAUCUGACUUCGAGGGCGCCCUUGCGUUGCUGCCGGAGGUCGAAACGGUUGUGCAGGAGGACUUUUUCCUUUGCGACCUAGAGGAUACUUUGAUGAACAAGAUCAAACGCCUAAUCUUCCAGCGGUACAUGUCUCUCCACAUGGUGGUGUCGAUUCCUUAUGUUGCAGAUAAGCUCGGCAUGUCGAAGUCCGAUGCGGAGGUGUGGCUGGUUAACCUUAUCAGCGAUUCCAAGCAGAGGGCUAAGGUCGACUCCGUCAAUGAGCAGCUUAACGUGGAGCCGCAGACCCGCGCCGCAGAUUCACUGGUCUAUGACAAACUUGAGUCUGUCUCUCGCAAGUAAAUCAGGGGUUUCGUUAUGCGCAUUGCCAUGUAUGGGAAGGAUCUUAAGGGCUAGAGGUUAGUGCAGUUUUGUUGUCUUUAUUCGUUGUGACGUAUAAAUGUGAUUGAACGAGAAAAAAGAAUCAAGUUGGUCAAUAAAUAAAACUGGAAGUUUUGAUCUAAUAUAUGCAUUAAAUAUUUUGUAAUAAGUAUGAUUAAGCGCAAGCACUGGAAAAAUUAGCGUGUAUUUUUCCACUCGUCGAUGCAGACACCUCCAGAUCUAGACACUCGACUGCAUAGUAUGUGUGCAAAUCUUUGCCGCUGCUAGAAUAA